AUGGAAGCGAUUGAGGGGUCUUAUCGCGUAUGCGCGGGGAAGACCAGCGCCGCGGAGGAUGUCGCAUACUACACACGGCGCAUGCGAAUGGAGGAGAAACUGCUCGACGAGGUCUGGACUACUUUCUCGACUAAGCUGGCGGAGUUGUACGUACCAGAUACCUGGGUGCACCAAAAAGUAGAUUUGGUCACCGGGUUGACUUCUCGCUUUCCGACUCGCUCGCCAGAGCCACCGUCGUACGACCAACCUCCGCCUUCCUACGACGAUGUGAUCCAUGAUUUACCUCCCGAAUACUCUGCACUGCCUCCACUCGCGCAGCGCCAAUCGACGGCUAUUUUCUUCGCACCAAAGACGCCUCAAAAGCCGCAUAAAUCAUCAUCUUCGCUGCUGAAAGAUCGUAUGCUGGAUGUACGCAUUGAUUUUGAGAAUCCUACCGGUGUCCGGGAACACAAGAAGAAAAAGCCCGCGGCAGCAAAGAGAGCAGCUGCGCCCCCUUCUCCCCCUCCUCCACCACCGCCCCCGGCAGGCGGGGCUGAUGGAGGAGACGAUAAUGCCAACGGUGACGGUGGUGACGGUGGGGCUGGUGAUUCAGGCGGCGCUGGAGGUGGCGACGGGGGAGAUGGAGGCGGCGACGAUUGGGGCGAUUGGAAUGUGAGCGGAAAGAAGGAUAAGAAGAAGAAACUGGAGGAGGAAGAGGAAGAGAGAAAAGCCAAGGAGGAGGAAGAGAGAAAGGCCAAGGAAGAGGAAGAGAGACUAGCCAAGGAGGAGGAAGAACGACAGGCAGGUGAAGCCUCGGCUGCCAAAGAUCUUAGCUGGGCUGAGGAUAACGGUGGGGGUGGGGGCGAUGACUCGUGGGCUGCCUUCACGAAUGUAGGAAAAAAGAAGAAAGGAAAGGGAGAAGUUGCACCCCCUGGGGGGUUCCAGGACAUAAGCCUGGAUAACGGCGCACCGCAAUUGGACUUGAAUUUUGAUAGCCCGGCUCCCAAGACCGGCGGAACUGGGUUUAGUUUUGGAGGAUGGGGCAAAGACUGGAAUACCGGUGGUAAGCUCGAUCCUCUUGGAGACCCAGCUCCCAACGACGAAUCCAAGGACAACAAUCCCUGGGGAGCAACCUCCAAGAAGACUGGCGACUUCGAUUUUGACUUGGGAUCUGCACCAGCUGAAACCAAACAAGAAGAUGACUGGGGAGGAGGUUGGGAUGCGAGCAAAGACAAUAAGGGGACGGAGCCCGAACCCGAGGCUCUUGCGCCUCCACCUCCGCCUCCACCCAGAGUCGAUUUCACACAGGAAGCCUGGUAUCUGAAUCUCUCCAAGAAAGAGCAGCGUAAAGCGAAGAAGGAUAUGGAGAAGAAAUACAAAGACGAGGAUGAAGCUGCGGCAAAAGCGACAGCAGAGUGGGAAGCAGCCAAGGCUGAAGCCGAGGCAGCAGCAGCAGCAGCGGCAGAGGUAGCGGCAGCGGAAGCGGCAGCAGCUGUACCUGAACCAGUGGUUGAGGAGACUGAGAAACCACCCGACGCAGAUACUGACUGGGGUUGGGGUGUUCCAGUGAAGACCAAAGAUAAGAAGAAAAAGAAAAAGAUUGACCUUUUAGCUGAUCCGGAGCCUAUCAUCCAUGAACCGCCGGCAAAACCGACAGAGCCAGUUGAUGUUUUUGCGGCUUGGGGAAUUUCCUCAAAGGACAAGAAGAAAAGCAAAGGCAAAGCCGAGCCAGUACCUGAGCCAGAACCCAUCCCGGAACUUGAGCCUGAACCUGAACCUGAACCGGAGCCAGAGCCGGAACCUGAACCUGAACCUGAACCAGUGCCCGAACCUGAACCCGAGGCGCCAAAGGUGCCCGAUGAGCCUCUAUACGAAAAUUGGCGCGAGAUAUCGUCUAAAGAACGCAAGAAGCGAGAGAAACAAUUAAUGCGCAAGGGUCUUCCCAUUCCCGGCAAGGAUUUCGAGCUCCCAUCGGACCAGCCGCCUGAAGAAGUGCCUGAACCGGUUGCUGAACCGGAGCCAGAACCCGAACCAGUGCCUGAGCCCGAACCCGAGCCAAUACCGGAACCUGAACCUGAACCUGAGCCAGAGCCAGAGCCAGAGCCAGAGCCAGAACCGGAGAAAGCGGUCGAAGAAGACUCUUGGGGCAUUUGGGGGCCAACAAAGGACAAGAAAAAGAAGAAGAGCAAGGCUAUUGAAGAACCUCCCCCACGUGCGCCGACACCACCUGCCCAGGGUUUGACUCCAGAGCCGGAAGCUUUCUAUGACAAUGCCGACGAUAUUUGGGCGGAGCUACCCCCUAAGGCAUCCAAGGGCACAAAGAAGACCACGAAAGCCAUUGAACCGCCCAAAGAGGAAAAAGCAUCUAAAGGCUUUUGGUCGACCCUGACCGGGGGUUCUACGAUCAAAACCAAAUCGACGAAGAAGGCGAAAGAAGAGAAGGAACCCGAGCCUAUAGAAGAGGAAGACCUACUUAUCGAUGUUGACGACAACCCCCCAGCACCUGAACCAGAGGCAGAGGCAGAGCCUGAGCCUGAGCCUGAGCCUGAGCCUGAGCCUAAGCCGGAACCAGAGCCGGAACCAGAACCAGAACCAGAACCUGAACCAGAACCUCCUGCCCCCGAAAAGAUAUCCAAGUCUAAGGCUUCUAAGCUCAGCGUUGCUGAACGUAUCAAGGCUUUGGAGAUAGCCAAGAAGGAGAAGGCAAAGGCAGAGAAGGGUAGCUUGAAGAGCAAAUCCAAGGAAAAAAAGGUUGAACCCGAACCAGAACUUGAGCCGGUGCCGGAGCCAGAGCUUGAACCUCCUGUAGAGGAGCCCGCUCCUACAAAGAAAAGUUCAAAAUCCAAGUCUAAGACAGCGGAAGCUCUUGAGUUUGAAGAAAGGAAAGUCUCGAAGGACUCUGUUCCUGGAAGCUUCCCAGACUUUGGAGAUGAUCCCGAGCCUGAACCUGAACUUGAACCCGAACCUGAGCCAGAGCCGGAACCUGAACCCGAGCCGGAACCCGAGCCUGAGCCAGAACCUGAGCCACCAGCCCCAGAUCUUUCAAAAAUGAGCAAAAAGGAACUGAAGAAGUAUAAAAAGGCCGAAGCCGAGAAAGCCGCAGCUGCCGCUGCCGCGGCUGCUGCCAGGGAGCCAACCCCACCACCUCCAGAACCGGAGCCAGAGCCGGAACCCGAGCCAGUGCCUGAACCCGAGCCUGAGGCAGACCCAGCGCCUGAGCCUGAGCCUGAGCCUGAGCCUGAGCUCGCAGCCGACGCCGAGCCCGAACCUGCACCGGAGCCUACGCCCGAGGAACCAGAGGCCAAGGACGAAGCUGCACCGGAGCCUACCGAAGAGCCUCCAAAACCCUCCAAGAAGGACCGAGCACGCGCUGAUCGAACGAAUACCUCUUCAUGGGGAAGCUUUGGGGGGGCCCACCACCCCCAAAGAAAUCCAGCAAGAAGGAAAGAAGAAGCAGAACCUCCAAAGAAAUUAAAGAAGGAAAACAAGAUCCAAGAGGAAGUGGAACCGCCCAAGAAGUUGAAAAAGGAACCCAAAAUCCAAGAGAAAGUCGAAACCCCCAAGAAAAAAGAAUCUCGAAAAUCCCGACCAAAAGAACCGGAGCCAGAAGUGGAAAGGUCUUCUGCGUCAGACCGGGAGAAGCGGCGAGAACGAGAGGGGCGUUCCUCCAAGAACCAACGUGGCGUGGCCUUGGCCAACAUGGUACUGGGUACACCUCAGUCCAGAAGCAAAUCGACUCGCAAACCUGGUUCUUCGUCGAAACCCGUAUCUAGACGUCCAUCAUUUGAUAUUGAUGAGAAACCUGUUGAUCCAUCACCGGAUGAGAAGCCUGAGGUUUCUGACAAAGCAGCCAAGUUGAUGGGCAUGGAUGCUUCCAAGUCUCGACGUGAGCGCCCGCGCACGGACAGGCGGAAAUCAGUUCGAGAUCCAUAUGCGAUCGAGGAUGACGAUCUUGUUAUGGUUGAUAUGGAGGAUGCCGAGGGCCAUUCACCUAAGGAGGGCUCCAAGGGCUCAAGGCGCAAGUCAAAGAGACAGCCGCGCCCCAGACCCGACGAUGAGGACGAUGCCGUCAUGGUCGACCCAUAUCAAGCAUAUCCCGUCCCAGAUGUAAUGUCCGGACCCGACGAUAUGGCCUUUGUCGAUGCGCCACCAAGAGAACGCCGUCUAAAGCGGUCCAACACCGCACCGCCAAAGAAACAAGAGAGCGGUGGAUUCAUGGGCCUCCUGGAUUCUCUAAGAAAAAGCACACGCCCAGACCGAGCAGAACGCCCUGAGAUGUCCGAAAGACGGAAGUCACGCUCAUAUCGCGACGACGACGGAAGAUAUCCGCCAGAAGUGGAGCGCGACGGUGCUCGCAGAUCACGUCGCGAAGAUCGACGCCGAGGAUCUGUUCGACCAGACACCGAUGCCGAAGGGUUCAUUACCGACGCCGCCGGUGUAGCAGCAGGCGGCGAGACAGAAGCCGACGAAGCGGAAGCUCGACGCGCAGCACGACACGCACGACGUGGAUCCCGGAAGGCGCCUUCUGACUCUCGUGAAACCGAAGCUCGGGAAGCUGAGGAGCGGCGCGCGAGGAGAAAAGAACGGGCACGCGAGCAGCGUGCUCGUGAAGAGGAAGAGGAAGCACGUCUACGAGAAGAAGAUCGUUUACGGGAAGAAAAGCGGGCUCGACGAGCUGCACGUGAAGAACGUCGUGCUCGAGAACAGCAGGCGGCCCGUGAGGAGCAAGCGGCUCGCGAAGCCGAAACUAGAGCGGCGGAACGUCGCGAGCGCCGGCGGAUGCGCGAAGAGGAGAUGAUGGCCGCCAGAGCGAGUCGACGUCGUGAACGUGAGCAAAGGAUCCCUGAUGAGGUCUUCCCCGAUGAGCGUGAGGUCGACCGUCGUGGGGCUCGUAGCUCCCGUGCGUUUGAGGAGCCCAACGCUCGUCGUCGGAAGUCCAAGGUCGCUCCUGAACCGACUCGGGAACCACUCAUGACUGGUGGGUUGAACCGUGGCGGGGGUGCGAAAGACAAGAUUUCCUCUUGGGUUUACUCGCAAAGUGAUGAACCUCCGGAGCCACCCCAAAUCGUUCCCACCCUUAUUGAUCUGCCUCCUCUUGCAGCUGACGACGGAGGUAAUGCUCAUUCUCUUUCGUCGGAUGAAGAAGCUCGUCGCGCUGUUCGCCGUAAGGCCCGUCGUCGUGCUAAGUAUGAGGAAGAGAUUGACGAUGCUCGUUCUCGGCAUCGUGGGUCACGGCGUGAAGGUGUGAAGAGCAGUUCUGGAAGUGGUGAUUAUGAACGUGAUCGUGGGAUGAGGUCCCAACCGGGGAGUCGACAAGGUGCUCCGCCGAGUUCGGGGCCUAAGAAGCCCAGUUGGUUCCGUAAACUGACGAAUCUGUAA